UCGAGUUUUUUCCCCACAGUCCAAAAAGAAAAGACAGACAGAUGAGUAGGUUAAUUGGUCUCGUGGGUGUAACUGUGUAAUGCGAUCUCGUUGGGCAGGAAGGUCACAUUACUGUACAGUGUCUCUAAAUAAAGUGUUCCUUUCUCUUCCCACCAGACACAGCAAUUUGAAGUCUUCUACUUCUCGGUGGAAAAAGUACCUGAAUGAAACAAAGCAGGUCCUGCAGCUCCUCUGGAGUGCUUACUCCAGUCCGACGCCAAGCGGCUGGAAGCAACUGCUUGUCCUCCUCCUGUUAUGCUUGUGCAUAUCCACCAUCACCAGUGGGUUACUCUACAACUGGCUGCUGUCAUCCCUGAAGUACAAAGGGUAUGUGAGUAAACUCAUAACUGGAGUGUUCAUAAUCAUCAUGUUCCUGCUUCUCUUCCUGGUCCAUCCCGUGCGCUGCGCGUUCACCAUUGUGGUUCCCACAUUGGGCACGAAACAAGGCCGCGAUCUCUUCCUUUCCACGUGCUUCAUGCUCGUGGCCAUCAAUAUCAUACCCAAUAUUAUGGGCAACAUGAAGAUGGUUCUCAAGCUCCUUGAGUGUGUUGCGAUGACCUCAGUCAAGAGCCUAGGAAACUCAACCAGCAUUGUUAGUCAUCUCAAGGAUAAGCUGGUCGAAGAACUGCAGAAGCUACAAGAAUUGGAGCCGUUCGUUUUGCAGCACUCAGACACAAAAUGGGAAUUAAACUCUGAUAUCAAUCAAUCAGCAAUCCAGAGCCAAUUGCAAACAAUUGGCAAAGAUAUCCAAAGUGAAUUUGAUAAAAUUCAUACCUUAAUCAGUGAGAUUACUCUGUACACCAACCGAGCACUGGCUGCCUUCAUCUUCUUCUAUCUGGCCUUCACCUCCAUUUGGUAUCUCAAAGGCUACCUGACAAACCUGGAGUUUGACAAUGUGUAUAUAACUGGCAAGUUAACUGACCUGCUACAACCAAAGAGAGGGUGGCAUGUACCGAAGCGAACUGCCAGUAAAAAGCUAAUCCGAUCCACCGGGUUAAAGAUGUCAUCAGAUGAAAUAGCCGCAUGCGUCAAGCAAAUGGUGAUCAGCACCGCGUAUUUAGCCAUAUCCGCAAUUAUCAUCAUAGCGGAUUUUGUCAUCUUCUCGUUCACAUCGGAGAUCCUGCGUUGGACAGUUGACAUUCCACCUGUACAUGCUGUUUUAGGGUUUGAAUACAAAGUAACUAUAGGGACUCCAGUGGAAGAAAUUGUUAAUUCAAUGAGAACCUGGAAGAACAAAACUCUCUUCUCCUGGAAUUUCACCUUUACAUCAGAUAGAUGUGUAUUUCGGGCUUCUCCUCCAGAUAUCCAUAUCAUCUGUGUUGUCAGCCUGCUCUAUUUUAUUGUCUAUAUUACAGUGUUUUUGGAAGCCUAUGCCUUGCGAGCCCGAAGAAAGAUUUCUGCGAGCUUCUUUGAGAGCCGGGAAAACAAAAGGGUCAAAUAUCUCCAGCAAAAGCUGCUGAAUAAUUUGGAGCAUCAGUUCAAAAAUAAUGUGGUUGUUUUCACUGUGUCAGAGCAAUGCCACGUAAGCUUUAAAAGGCAAUGCUUAAACCAUGAGACAUAGGAGCAGAACUGGGCCAUUCUUGCCCACCAUUCCAUCUUGUCUUGUCCAUACUGCACUAACUGCCACUGUUUCUAGCUAACUGGGCUAUAAACGUGCAGGAGCAGUGUGUGGUUAAGUGCCCUGCUCCAAGACAAACACGCUGCCUCGGCUGAGGCUUGCUUGAACUAACAACCUUCAGAUUGCUAGCCCAAAGCCUUAACUCACUUGGCUACGCACCAACACAAACCCCAUUGACCAUAACACUUAUCGCCUUUACUAAUCAAGGACCUAUCUACUAACUAUAUGCAAAAUGUAACUAGCCUGUUGGCUGAGCAUUUUGAAUUACUGUACCAGUUAUAAGAAAGUUAUAUAUUGUGUUACAUCUUGCAUCACCUCAAGACCCAAAGCACUUCUACAGAUUAAUCCAUUCGUCCCAAAGAGUGCUGUACUCUGUCAUAAUUUUCUUCAGUUGAAUUUUGCUUUUUAAUAAAUCAUCUGUAACAUUUAAGUGUAGACCAGGGUUAAUUGAAAGACCAGGAUCAAUGAAGUAAUCCAUCAUUUCAGGUGCAUGAGACUAACAGCAAACAGAUUAAUUGAUCACUUUGAAACAUGAUAGUUGAAUUUGUGAAGGAAGUAUUCAAAGUUUAAAGUACAUUUACUUAACUUCCGUUUAUAUUAUUGGGCAGCUAAUAUUCACUGUCUUGCUUUUUGGUCCUUCUUUCAUAAUCAGUCUGAUUGUCCAAAAUGGGUGGCAAUGGAGUUGAACUCUACUAAGAAUAUCUCUAUUUCCGCACUUCUUGGAUCUGCACUUCCUUGUCGCUUGCUUAAACUAAUUGUUAAAACUCUUAUUAGACACUCUGAGAAUAUGGGCUCAGUUUAGAAAAUUUAAUUGCCUUCAUGGUUUCUCUCUCUAGUCCUAUCUUACAUAAUCAUCUUCCCCCUACCUUCUAUGCAAGACUUAACAUUUCACAAUUGGUACAGAAAGGGCAUUAGGCACUUUGAAGAUCUUUUCAUAGAUAAUCGUUUUGCAACUUUUCAACAAUUCUCUGUAAAGUUUAAUCUACCUAAUUCCCACUUCUUUAGAUAUCUUCAAAUUAGACAUUUCAUUAACCCUUUAUUGUGAGAUGCCUGAGAAAAACGUUGUGGACCUGUUUCUUUGUAUUAAUCCAUUGGACAAAGGCUUAAUAUCUUUUAUUCAUGAUAAAUUAGUAACCUUGAGGUGUGCCCCCUUUGAUAAAAUUAGUACUGCUUGGGAGCAUGAACUGAAUAUGGAAUUAGCAAAGGAGGCCAAUUCUCUGGAUGCUUUCAAGAAGGAGCUAGAUAGGUAUCUUGUGGAUAGGGGAAUCAAGGGAUAUGGGGACAAGGCAGGAACCAGGUAUUGAUAGUAGAUGAUCAGCUAUGAUCUCAGAAUGGUGGUGCAGGCUCGAAGGGCUGAAUGGUCUACUUCUGCACCUAUUGUCUAUUGAAUGGUAGGGUGAAAGAACCAUGGGUGACAAGUGAGGUGGAAAAUCUAGUCAGGUGGAAGAAGGCAGCAUACAUGAGGUUUAGGAAGCAAGGGGGUUAUAUGGGAGGCAGGGUUUGAGGGUCAGCACUACAUUCUGGGCCAAAGGGCCUGUAAUGUGCUGUACUAUUCUAUGUUCUAUGUUUAAGGUUGUACAUAGGGUUCUCACGUGUAAAACUAAAUUGCCGCAGUUUUAUCCCAACAUUAGUCCUGUUUGUGACAAGCGUAAAGGUGACGCGGCUUCUCUUAUCCAUAUGUACUGGGCUUGUCCUAGUUUAGAGAAAUUUUGGAGAGAAGUUUUUUUUAUCUUUAUCUCAUGUUCUUAAUUACCACUUAGAACCUAAUCCUCUGAUUGCCCUUUUUGGUACCUUCGGUGAGGCAGACAUGCAUUUGAAUUCGACUAAAUGUCGAACAUUAUCUUUUGCCUCUCUUUUGGCUAGACCAGGGGUCAGCAACCUUUACCACUGAAAGAGCCACUUGGACCCGUUUCCCACAGAAAAGAAAACACUGGGAGCCGCAAAACCCGUUUGACAUUUAAAAUGAAAUAACACUGCAUACAACGUUUUUUUUGCCUUUAUGCUAUGUAUAAACAAACUAUAAUGUGUUGCAUUUAUGAAAUUGAUGAACUCCUGCAGAGAAAACGAAAUUACAUUUCUGCAUGCAACAAAAACAUUUUGAACUCCGAAAAAAAGACGUUGGGUUGAAAGUUACUUUUAAGUAAAAUACUCAAUGUCUAUUUGAGUCCUUCUUGUAUUUAUGAAAAACGCCGA